GCAAGACCAAGCUCGGGGCCGAUCACCCAGAUACGCUAACGAGCAUAGCCAACCUUGCGUCGACAUUUUGGAACCAGGGCCGGUGGGAGGAGGCCGAGAAGCUGUUUGUGCAGGUGAUGGAGACGAGCAAGACCAAGCUCGGAGCCGAUCACCCAGAUACGCUGACGAGCAUGGCCAACACCGCUUUUACUUGGAAAUGUCAAAGUCGACAUGCCAAUGCUUUGGCUCUGAUGGAGGACUGUGCCCAAGCUCGACGCCGAGUUCUUGGCCAGAAGCAUCCCGACACGCAAUCGUCUUUGGCUACCGUUGCCAAGUGGAGGAGCUAGAAUGUGUUUCGCGUUUCGCUUACAUAGUCCAACCCGGUUUAUUUCUUUUGUCAGAUUGACAGAGUGUAUAUUUAUGUAGUUAUUAGGUCGCUACUUUUGAUAAGCACUUUUUACACCAA